CAGUAUCUGCAGGUAUGAAGGCAGCUGCUGACAUCACCUGCUUCCAGCUCUGAGUGAAGCCCAGUGGAGCGACGUUUAUUCAUGAAAAUGGAGCGUCUCCAGCUGUGGGGACUCUUCGGCCUCGUCGUUCUCACCGUCUCCCAGAACACUACAGACAUGCCUGAUCGCCGGCCCUCCUACCUGGUGCUGUCUCCCAGAGUCCUCCGAUCUGGGGUCCCAAUGUCAGUAUCAGUCACCGUCCUGAUCGACGGAGACGUCUACGUGUCUGCUCGCAUUGUUCGUGGCAACCAGACUCUGGCCUCAAAUUCUUCUACAGUUGAAGGAGGUAUGACCAAACUGCUGACUUUCCCUCCUAUCUAUGAGGAUGAGUCCGGCUACAAACGUUCCUUCACACUGGAGGUCGAAGGUCACGUUGGGAAUGUCCAAGUUUUUUCAGACGCCACCCGGCUGCAGUUCGACCUCAAAGGCUUCUCCAUCUUCAUCCAAACAGACAAACUGAACUACCUGCCUGGGCAGGCGGUGAAGAUCAGAGUGGUGUCCAUUAAUCCUGACGGGAGGCCUCACAUCAGCCCAAUGGAUGUAACCAUCAGAAAUCCGCGGGGAUACCUGAUCAGGCAGUGGCUGGCUGCAGAUAGCGUCCUUGGUGUCAUCUCCAAAGAGUUUGAUCUUUCUGACAACCCUCCUCUGGGUGUCUGGAGCAUCACCGCUACAGGCCAAGGCGUCUUCAGUAGUAAGACUUUCCAUGUGGCUCAUUACGUUCUGCCAAAGUUUGAGGUCAUGAUCCAAGCGCCGGAUGUGAUUUAUCGCAAGGAUCCUUUGGAGGGCUUCGUCACAGCAAAGUAUCUGUACGGCAAACCUGUGCAGGGACACAUGAAUCUAACCUUCAUUCAUCAUGUUCAUGGUAUUGACGAGGUUUACCAUGAAGACAGAGAGAUCGAUGGUACCGAAGGCUUCGAGUUUGAUGUUCCAGACUAUCAUCCAGUGAACCAAAGUCCUCACAAAUUCGCCCUCUACCAAUUUCAUGUGGAGCAUCUAACGAUUGUGGCACAUGUAACUGAAAAUCUAACAGGUCUCACACAUAACAGUUCAGUGAAGGUGUCAGUGGCAAAGAGCCGAUAUAAACUUUCCUUUGAAGAGUAUCCCAGAAUAUUGAAGCCAUCUUUAUCUUUCACUGCCAAGCUGAAAAUAUCUACAUACAAUGGCGAGCCACUGUCACUUGAAGAUCAGCAAAAGACUGCUCAAGUGUCAGUGAUGCAGCACGAGAAAAUACCAUGGGUUUGGACAAUGGAGGCAACGGAAAGAACAGCGGCUGAUGAAUUACAUACAGGUCCUUCAGGAAUGGAUUCAGAAGAAGUGAAAUCUGAAGAAAUGCAGCUUCCUAUCCCUCCAGACGGAAUCAUACCACUCCACAUUGAGACCAACAGUGAAACACAAGUACUCAGCGUUGAUGCUUCUUUUGAGGACAGUGAAGACACUUUAAUGCUCUACAGAAAAUACACAUCCUCCCUUCAGACCUACAUGCAGAUUCAUAAACCCUUUGGACCUGCAAAGGUUGGUUCACCCCUCCAUCUGCAAAUUGAGAGGAAUUUUCCAAUGAUUGACCUUCACUACAUAGUGAAAUCCAGGGGUCAAGUGGUUUCUGCUGGGACAGGCAUUCAUGCUGCUAAUCUGACUCUGGUCCCAGAAGUGUCCUGGGCUCCUCUGGCCUGUAUCAUUGUCUACUGUGUUCAUCCCACUGGAGAGAUUGUCAAUGAUGCGAUUGAUGUGCCCAUCACCCCAGUUCUACAAAACAAGGUAUCCCUGAGUUGGAGCAAAACUAUGACGAGGCCGGCUGAGGAUGUGACCCUGAACAUCUCAGUGGCGGAGCCCAACUCUCUGGUUGGGAUCCUGGUGGUCGACAAGGCAACGCGUUUGGCAGGAUCCCACAAUGACAUCACCACGGAGACGGUGCUGAAGGAGAUGAAGGAGUUUGACGUGUCUCUGGGUUACGCCCAUGGAGAUCCAUACUCAGUAUUCAAGACCUGUGAUCUUGUGGUGCUGACUGAUGCUAUUUUGUACUACCAUCAACUCUUGCCUGCAAUGCCAGUGAACGGAAUAUUUCCUACAUUCGUGACAAGCAAUCUAGCAGUGGAGCAUCAAGAGGAACAGCAGGAGCCACACGAGCGCCAGAACUUUCCAGAGACCUGGAUCUGGAUGGAUGCUAACACAGGCGAUUCAAACACAAAGGAAAUACCACUGACUGUACCAGACAGCAUCACUAGCUGGACUGCCACUGCCUUUGUCAUGUCUGAGAGUCUGGGUUUGGGUUUUGUGGACCAACCAGCCAAGCUCACAGUGUUCCAGGAUUUCUUCUUGUCCUUGAAUCUUCCGGCCUGCAUCAUCCGUGGAGAGGAGCUGGUGCUGGAGGUCAUUCUGUUCAACUACCUCCAACAGCAGCUGGAGGUCUCUGUGAUCGUUGCACAGAGUGACACCUUCGAGUUCGUCUUCCCAGACAGCGAGGAGCUCCCCAUGCCCACCGUCAGAGAGGUGAGAGUGGAGAGUGAGAGCGGCACGACCGUCCUAAUUCCCAUCAGGCCACUCAUAAUCGGAGAGAUCCCCAUCUCUGUGAAGGCCACGUCGUCUGCGGCGUCUGACUUCGUCCGCACAACAGUGCUCGUCAAGGCCGAAGGACUCGAGCAGUUGUUCUCAAAAUCGCUGCUGCUUGAACUUUCUCCAUCUGAGUCAAACAUUUCCAGAAACAUCGUGUUCACCUUCCCACCAGAUACUGUGGAGGACAGUCAGAGAGUCACGGUGACGGCUGUUGGCGAUAUCCUCGGCCCAUCCAUCAGCGGUCUGGAUUCUCUGAUCCGGAUGCCUUACGGCUGCGGUGAACAGAACAUGAUCAACUUUGCUCCAAACAUCUACGUCCUCCAGUACCUGAACGCCUCCGGACAGGCCGACCAGAACACCGUGGACAGAGCCACGGAGUUUAUGAUGAAAGGUUAUGUGCGAGAGUUGUCCUUCCAGAGACUAGACGGCUCCUUCAGUGCCUUCGGAGACCGGGAUUCGUCUGGAAGUACCUGGCUCUCUGCUUUCGUGCUGAGAUGUUUCCUGCAGGCCCGUCCGUUCAUCAGCAUCGACUCUCAGGUGCUGGACACAGCAGCGGCCUGGAUUGCAGCCCAGCAGGCGGCUGACGGGAGUUUUCGGGAACCCGGCAGGGUCAUUCACACCGAGCUCCAAGGAGGCCUGGACGGGCCUGUUUCCCUCACAGCUUACGUCCUGAUUGCUCUGCUGGAAGACAGUGACAUCAGGGCUCAGUAUGCGAGCGAGGUGUCGGCAGCCCUGAUGUACCUGGAGGCCCGUCUGGCUCUGGGAGUGUCCAGCAGCUACAGCCUCAGCCUCCUCACCUACGCUCUGGCUCUGGACGGCAGCUCCAAUGCCCAGACGGCACUCAGCAAUCUGCUUGGACGAGCUGAAACGAUAGACGGAGGCCUGGAAUGGCCCUCCACACAUGGCGGGGUGUCGUCGUCGUGGCAACCUCGCUCUGCGGACAUUGAGAUGGUGUCCUACGUGCUGCUGACUCUGCACAGGCUGGCUUUGGUCUCACAGGGUCUCGGCCUCAUGAAGUGGCUCAGCCAACAGAGAAACGACAGGGGAGGAUUUGGAAGCACUCAGGACACAGUCGUGGCUCUGCAGGCUUUGGCCACGUAUGCAGCUCUGGGAGGGUCUAAAGACACCGACAUCAGCAUCAGGGUGAACAUCAACACUGUGAACACCGUCGCUUCUUUCCACAUCAACCAGGAGAACUACUUGCUCCACCAGAGCCAGCAGAUUGAUCCAGGCAACGAGCUGAACCUCCAGGUGACGGCAGAAGGUCAUGGACUCGCCCUGUUUCAGCUGAACAUCUUUUACAACAUCAGGAAUGAGGAGCUGAGGAGGAGGAGACGACACGCCGGCGAACGCGAGCCUUUUGAGCUGUACGUCUCGCUGACUGACGAAGAAAUGGACUCAGCACAGCUGAACAUCUGCUACAGUCUGUCGCGUGAUCUGGGCUUGAACAUGACAGGAAUGGCCAUCAUGGAGGUUGGUCUGCUGAGCGGCUUCAGUCUGACACCUGACGCCAUCCAGACCGACCAAGUUAUUAAAAAAGUGGAGACGCAGCCGGGGAAAGUCAUCCUGUACCUGGACUCUGUGACAGAAAGUGAGAUGUGUCUGGAGAUUCGUCUGGUAUUGGAGUCCAGAGUCGCCAAGGUCCAAGGAGCAACUGUUCUCCUCUAUGACUAUUACGAACCAAGGCGGAGGACGGAGACGACGUAUAAAUCAUGGUGGAGGAGAGAAAUGGCCGCCUGCUCCUUCUGCGGUGACGGCUGCAGUCAGUGCAGAGCCGAUCAGCAGCAGGAGGUCAGCGCUGCACCUUCCAGCCGCCUCCACCUGCUGCCAGCUGUGCUCCUCCUCUUCGUCGUCUUCGGCAUGUAAAUAGGAUCAAACGAAGGCUAGUUCAGCUGUAGAUGUGCAAACCUGUCAGGCUGUUAAAGGUAAAGUGGUGAUUGUUUUUUUAAAUUUUUACUAAAACUAUUUUAAUCCAAAGUGUAAGAGAUUUAUAAAGUCAAGUAAACAGUGUAGAUUGGUGUGAAAGAUUAAAUGUGAAUGAGAAAAUUUGAUUUCUGGGAGUUUUAGAUUUUUUUCCUGUGUGUUGCUACAGGUCUGCAUCAACCAAUCAAAUACAUGGCAUGACACAUUUCCAGUACAUUGCUCUGUGACACUAGUAGAAGUCAAGAAAUGCUUUUUGGUUGAGGGAAAAUUAACGAAGACUCUUCUCUUGAUUCUGAUUCUGCACCUGCAAUAUUUUAGUCUUAGGAAUGAGACACUGAUAAUAUCAGAGCUGCUGCUGGAGUGAUGCUGCAUUUCUGAUCAACUGAUGCGAGGUGAUAUUUGAAAUUUCACACUGAUGAAUUGAUGACAGACAGUUCUGCAAUGUAAGUCGUAGUAUUUGUUGAAAUAGGAUCUGCAUAGAAAUUAUAGGAAAAGGCAGCCUGAGAAUCUUCACAUUUUUAAAGCUUCUUCAGUAUCACAGUGAUGCAGUGACUGCAGUCUGGACACCUGUGGGUACAUUACAAGCAGGAGCUGCUAACAGCUAAUUCAGCUGCUUUUAAUGGCAGAAAGCGACAAAAUGUGAGCUAAUGCAAAGUAAAAACUGACCUCAAAGAGAACAGAACCUACUUGUUGUCAUAUUGGCUUCUUGAUAGCUGUAUGUGUGUGUGAACGUGUCAUCAGUUUCAUAAAAAUUACAGCUCUGUCUUGUUGCAUAA